AUGGCUACCCUCCAACAGAAGCACGAUUGGGCCGACGAUGACGAGCUCGAGGAGACCUCCACCGAACUCCCGCCCCCCCAGAAGAUCACCAACAAGGAUGGCAGCACGACCAUCAUCGAGUACCGCCUGAACGACAACGGCCAGAAGGUCAAGACUACACGACGCAUCCGCUACAUCACCCACCGCGAGGUCGUCAACCCCCGCGUCGCCGACCGCAAGUCGUGGGCCAAGUUCGGCCUCAGCGCCAAGGACGGCGCCGGUCCGGCCCCCGACACCACCUCGGUCGGCGAGAACAUCAUCUUCAAGCCUUCCUUCAACUGGCGCCAGGACGCCAAGGACGAGAGCAAGGACCCCAACGCCCAGGCCAUGAAGGACAAGCUGAAGGACAAGAAGGUCAAGUGCCGUAUCUGCAACGGCGAGCAUUUCACCGCCCGCUGUCCCUACAAGGACACCAUGGCCCCUAUCGGCGAGGCCGGCGCUGCCGCCGACGCCGCCGCUUCUGCUGCUGAUGAGGCUGCUGCCGCUUCCCAGGGCACGGCGGGUGCUGGCAAGAAGGGCUCGUACGUGCCACCUGCGCUGCGUGGCGCCGGCGGUGCUGCGGCUGCUGGAGAGAGGAUGGGCGGCAAGUACGGCGAGCGCGACGAUCUCGCCACUCUCAGAGUUACCAACGUCUCCGAGAUGGCCGAGGAACAAGAGCUUCGCGAUAUGUUCGAGCGGUUCGGUCGCGUCACUCGUGUCUUCCUUGCCAAGGAUCGCGACACGGGUCUUGCCAAGGGCUUCGCUUUCAUCAGUUUCGCGGAUCGUAGCGACGCUGUCAAGGCUUGCGCCAAGAUGGACGGUUUCGGUUUCAGGCAUUUGAUUCUCAGGGUCGAGUUCGCGAAGAAGGCUGCGUAA